AUGCUGGUCAGGCAUCGUCAUCGCAGAGAAGUUUAUUUUGGAGGCGUUAGUAAUUUGGUAUGUGCGCUUCUUACACGAAGUGUGAAUACAUUUUUUGGGUCCGAUGCUGCCAGUCGAAGAGCUAGCAAGUCAGUUUUUGAGAUAGCAUCAAGUGCAGCCGUCGCCUUAUAUAACUUCCAAGCAUAUCCACCUGAGAGCCGAGACAUUAACUGGACUGAGCUGAGGCUCCGCCACCAGUGCGGCCUCCCACAGCCCCAUCCAUCCACACUCUUGAUUCACUCCAUCCCACCCCCGCACAACCACUUCGCCCGGCCCUGCCCUGCCCUCCGUCCCCCUCUUGGUCCCGCCAGAACUUUGUGCGAUGCGUCCUUCCCCUUCCGACAACCUCCUCUUCCAGCCUCACCCAGCCGCCCCUUCCAAACUGAUCUCGUCGCUACCUUUCCUCACUCCAAUCCUCCUGGACACAGCUCACCCUGUGAGCUCCCGCCUCGAUCCGUCUUUCCUCUGCUCAUUCAGCCUUUGCCCGUCACGCCCGCCUCGCCCCACGCGUCGACCGCCGCGCACGACCGUCUACACGCCUGCCCCAGCGUUGCGUCUCCUGCCGACCCAUCAAUAAGCCUCGACCCUCACUGCCGGUUCUCGUCACGCCCCUCCUCGUCACGCCCUCCUCAGAGACCCCUCGUCACGCCCUCUCGCACGCCCCUCCUCGUCACGCCCCUCCUACGUCACGCCCCUCCUCGUCAGACGCCCCUCCUCGUCACGCCCUGCCUCGGUCAGCCUCCUCGUCAGCCCUCCUCGUCACGCCCUCCUCCGUCACGCCCCCUCCUCGUCACGCCCCUCCUCGUCACGCCCACUCCUCGUCAACGCCGCCCUCGUCCUCGCACCACCUCGUUACAUCUCGCCUCGCAUGCUCUGCCUUCCGGCUCGUCCACUUGUCCCGUUGCCAGUCGCGCGCUUCUCCUUGUUAUCCCGCAUUCUCCACCGCUCGCCUCACCACUCCCCAGGGACCACGGUUCCGCCUUGUCACAGUCGUGUCUCGCGACAGCCCGCCUCGUCGCACCCGGCCAGUCUGUAUAUUCAUUUUUCCUGGAAAAAGACGAAGAAGAAGGAGAAGAAGAAGGAGAAGAAGAAGAAGAAGAAGAAGAAGAAGAAGAAGAAGAAGAAGAAGAAGAAGAAGAAGAAGUGGAUGUAGAAGAAGGCGCAGAGCUCUGCUCGAAAACGGGCCCGCACCAUCGGCGUGGCGCCUUCUUCCGCCCAGCCCCAGCCGCUCGCAGGGCGCGCCUCCGCUUGUUCCGGAUUUUCCGCGCGCCCCCGCACUUCAUCAAAACAUUAGACACGUCCGUGGAAUGUCAAGAAAGAAUUGGUCCAAUGCGCCAAGUCCAGCGAAAUGUACAAGACCUGCGAAUCAGGACGUGGAGUGCAAGGGUGUCUAUGAAAACCACGCACCAUCAGUUAAUUUAUGGUUACUCGCGGAUAAAGGGUACACAUAGAAAAGUCUGCGCGUCAUCUCUUGUGCGCAUAUUUUCAGGAAGAGGGUAUACACUAAACAGCGUUCCUUGCGAGUGGCGUCCAUGUGACGUGCCGUAUCUGCCAUACCGCAGAUACGCCUCGGCCCCUCCCCCAACUAAACUCUGCACUAUGCAAGUCCUACCUCCUUCUGACCUUCUGGCCCCCCGUCUCCCUCCCCCUGUCCCACCUCGUCCCUCUGACCCCAUUUCCUCAAGCCAAUCUCUCGCUCUUCUUUCUGAAGGUUUCCCACCGCUGCCACAGCGCUGUCGCAUGCCGGCCGCCCUUAUAUACUCAUUUCCUGGCAGCAUUUCAAAACCAAAAUCGAUUUUAUGUCAAAUAAUGUUAACGCGAAGCGUAUGUCACAAACUGGCCCGCGCCGAGCGUGCUUUGGCCGUGCGGGGGUGGGGGCGGAGUGUCUCCUUGGAAGCGCUCCUGGCGCUAGCCGCCUCCUCGGCCGCCGCGAACCGCCCCGUCCCUUCCAUGCGGCUGCGGAGGCAGCGACGAGCUCGUUCCCUCGAAGCAGCCCUGCGUGCAGAUAAUGGAGUAGGAAAUGACGAACUGGAGCAGCUGUACGUGGAAGUGCUGUACACCAUCGCCAACAAGGUGGGGGCGUCCACGGGACAGUACGCGCACUACAAGGAGGAGCUGUUCAGCUACGCCAAGGAGGCGUUCGGCAUCCCCAACGACGUGCACCGGCGCCUGCUGGCCGUCGCCAGCGAGGAGAAGGUGCGCCCCGCGCUCGCGCCCGCGCCCCCGCCCCCCGGCAAAAUAAGGAAACGGCGAUUGAGCAUUUGA